AUGGACAGCCGUACAUGGCGUGGUCGGGAGGGGGCCCAAAGACUAGGGCGCAAGCUGGAUAUUGCCCACACAACACUCAUUUACCGUGUGAAAACUGACUACUUGUUCCAGCAAGUGCUGGUCCGCUACGCCAAGCGUAUCGCGAACACUUACCCGGAGCCUCAUAAACGAGCAUACGUUGAAGCUGCAGAGAGUUUACGCGUGGCAUACUGGGACUGGGCAGCGGACUCCCAGGUCCCGCCCGUGACGGCGUUGCCGACAGUUGUCAUCAACAAGCUCGUGGGCGGCGCCAUGCAGCCAGUCGCGGCGCGCAAUCCAUUUUACCGUUUCACUUAUCCGAAGUCGGCUCUCGAUGGUAGCUUCGGCAGCUUUGAUGGAAAGAAUUACACGAAGAGGUGUGUUGGAGAAGGUGAAAGCUAUCCCGAUACGGCGAACGCGAGGCUCACGGGGUACAGCUUGAAGGAAAAGGUAGCGCCAACUUUGAAGGACCUCAUGGAGAAGUUCAUGUCGGGGCCGCAUGCGGCCAAGAUCUCCUCCAUCUAUCAACCUCGGCAUUUGAGCCACUAUUGUGAGUCCUUCCUCAGUAUUGUGACGCCAACUCUGAUUCGUGUCCAAAGCUGGCUUCAUCACGCCAAUGUAGAUCGCCUCAUCGCCUUCUGGCAAGCCCUCCAUUUCGAAAAUGCCACAAUGCAUUUCUCCUAUGCCUCAUCCGAAAUGUUCGCCACGCCAUCCGGGACCACCGUCACCCCGCAGUACCCCUUGUGGCCCUUUACUGGGACGGGCGGUGGUCCGCUUACCAGCGAAUCGGUUACUCACGUCCGUGACUGGGGGUACACGUAUGCGCCGAUGAGGUUCUGGGACCAAACACCAGGAGACAUCAAGAUGGCGAUCAGCAGGACGGUGAACAGCCUGUACGGUCCUCAGGAGAAUCAAUCCUCUUUCAUGAGGAUCAGGUGGCGCAAAAUGGCUCCGAGAAGGCAGUACGUCGCCAAGGUCGAAGUCGAGAGAAGUGAGCUGGAGCUACCUUGUCAAGUGCAGCUUUUCUUGAAAGGCGCGAUGGCGGGCACUUUCACGUUACUGGAUAUGCCUAGACAGGGAAAGAGUUAUGAUGAGAUUCCUCUAAACCGAGGUGUCGAUGCUGCUGGCCUGCGUGAUCGUUCGGUAAGCGAGGUUCUUGGAGGCAUUGAAGACGAGCUAGAAGUGGUCAUUAGCAAGCUGGAUGGCACAACAACGCCGCUAGACCACGUCCCAAGCUUGAAGAUUGAAGUUGAAGACCAAGAGAUCGUUCCAUCGGACUCUGCGGACCAACUUCCGACGCUGGGUACCAGGCGGAGUAGACCCGCAAUGCUACGACCUCUGUCACUUGACUGGUAUUAG